AUGACCAGUGGUCAUGUGGUCAGUAAUACUGUGGUCAUGAUCAGUAAUACUGUGGUCAUGAACAGUAAUACUGUGGUCAUGAACAGUAAUACUGUGGUCAUGAACAGUAAUAAUGUCGCUAUGAACAGUAAUACUGUGGUCAUGAACAGUAAUACUGUGGUCAUGAACAGUAAUAAUGUCGCUAUGAACAGUAAUACUGUGAUCAUAACCAGUAAUACUGUGGUCAUGAACAGUAAUACUGUGGUCAUGAACAGUAAUACUGUGGUCAUGAACAGUAAUACUGUGGUCAUAACCAGUAAUACUAUGAUCAUGACCAGUAAUAGUAAUACUGUGGUCAUGAACAGUAAUACUGUUGUCAUGAACAGUAAUACUGUGGUCAUGAACAGUAAUACUGUGGUCAUGAACAGUAAUACUAUGAUCAUGACCAGUAAUACCAUGAUCAUGACCAGUAAUACUGUGGUCAUGACCAGUAAUACUUUGGUCAUGAACAGUAAUACUGUGGUCAUGACCAGUAAUUCUUUGGUCAUGACCAGUAAUACUGUGGUCAUAACCAGUAAUACUAUGAUCAUGAACAGUAAUACUGUGGUCAUGACCAGUAAUAUUGUGGUCAUGAACAGUAAUAUUGCAGUCAUGACCAGUAAUACUGUGGUCAUGACCAGUAAUACUGUGGUCAUGACCAGUAAUACUGUGGUCAUGACCAGUAAUUCUUUGGUCAUGAACAGUAAUACUGUGGUCAUAACCAGUAAUACUAUGAUCAUGACCAGUAAUACUGUGGUCAUGACCAGUAAUACUGUGGUCAUGAACAGCAAUACUGCAGUCAUGACCAGUAAUACUGUGGUCAUGACCAGUAAUACUUUGGUCGUGAAUAGUAAUACUAUGAUCAUGACCAGUAAUUCUGUGGUCAUGAACAGUAAUACUGUAGUCAUGACCAGUAGUACUGUGGUCAUGAACAGUAAUACUAUGAUCAUGACCAGUAAUACUGUGGUCAUGAAGAGUAAUACUGUAGCCAUGACCAUUAAUACUGUGGUCGUGACCAGUAAUACUUUGGUCAUGACCAGUAAUACUGUGGUCAUGACCAGUAAUACUGUGGUUAUGACCAGUAAUACUGUGGUCAUGAACAGUAAUACUGUGGUCAUGAACAGUAAUACUGUGGUCAUGAACAGUAAUACUGUGGUCAUGAACAGUAAUACUGUGGUCAUGAACAGUAAUACUGUGGUCAUGACCAGUAAUACUGUGGUCAUGAACAGUAAUACUGUGGUCAUGACCAUUGAUACUGUGGUCACGACCAGUAAUACUGUGGUCAUGACCAGUAAUACUGUGGUCAUGAACAGUAAUACUGUGGUCAUGACCAGUAAUACUGUGGUCAUGAACAGUAAUACUGUGGUCAUGACCAGUAUUACUGUGGUUAUGACCAGUAAUACUGUGGUCAUGAACAGUAAUACUGUGGUCAUGAACAGUAAUACUGUGGUCAUGAACAGUAAUACUAUGAUCAUGAGCAGUAAUACUUUGAUCAUGACCAGUAAUGCUAUGAUCAUGAGCAGUAAUACUGUAGUCAUGAACAGUAUUACUGUGGUCAUGAACAGUAAUACUGUGGUCAUGACCAGUAAUACUGUGGUCAUGAACAGUAAUACUGUGGUCAUGACCAGUAAUACUGUGGUCAUGACCAGUAAUACUGUAGUCAUGGAGUUUGUGGUGAAAUUUUAUGUUUAUUAA